AUGAUGGAUUUGAAAGAAGGAAAUGGAGUUUCUGGAUUCCUUCCCAUGGGAUUAGCCGAAACAAGUAAAAACGAAAAAAUAUGCAAAACAGAAAUUAUUGUUUUAUCAAAUACACCAGAUUCUUCUAACGUAACAGUUUUCUCUGGAGAAAAUGCUAUCUUACAGUCAUUGAAGAAUAGGACGCGUAAAUUCAGAACAAAACGACAAACAGGACAAAAAAACAAAAUUAACAGUUAUGACAACUUAAAAUCAAAAGACAGUAAUAUAAUAACAGCCAAAAAGAUUUUGUCUCAAUAUGACGUUUUAUGUAAUGACGAAAGUCAUAGAGAAUUCUGUAAAGAAUUCGUUAACAAGUUGAAAUUAUUAACCGAGACGAAAAAAGAUAAACAAAGAUAUGGUAUAGAGAUUGACGAUGAGUAUAGAAAAGGUGAACUUAUAAAACGAGAGACACUAAUCAAUGACAUCAUAUCAACUAGGCCUUUUGAACGAGUACCAAAUGCGAUACCGGCAUAUCCCGAGCUACCUAUAACACAAUUAGGAGAUGAUUGCCUCUUAAAUCGCCUUAUGAGGCAAAGUGGAAAUGUACUGAACGAUUUUCCGACUUAUCACAGCCAUUUGCCAACGAAUUUCCUUCCUUCCCGAGCUCGUGGACAUAAUGAAGCGAUUAGACAACCGCACCCGCAAGACUUAGAUAUAGCAUUAAGCAUAAUGUCACAGCAAAUUCCAGUGGAUUUCCUCUCAUCUUUCGCCCAAGGGCACGUCGGAGACACACAAAAGCCCCAACCACACCCCCAAGAUAUUGAAACAGCCCUGAACAUUAAGUCAAAACCAGCUGUAAAUAGAGACAUUUCAAAUAUGUUACAUGAAUGUCCAACUGGAACAAUAUCAUGUGACAGCGGAGCUUGUGUCAAUGAGAAGCUUUGGUGUGACGGUAAUGUAGACUGUGAAGACGCGAGUGAUGAAAUCCGAUGUAGCUGCAGGCAGCGUGUCGACAAGACCAGGCUGUGUGAUGGAUAUUUAGACUGUCCUUUUGGGGAAGACGAAAUGGGAUGUUUUGGUUGCCAAGAUAACAUGUUUAGCUGUGAAAAUUUGGACUCCUCUCAAAAUACUUGCUUCACUAAGGAACAGCGUUGUAACAAUAUAGCUGAUUGUUCCAACCACAAAGAUGAAACUGAUUGCACCAUGCUUGCACCCAGUCUUCAUAAUAAACCCCUAAUUGGCGUUUCUAAUACAGAAGGUUUCUUACAUAGAAAUUUUAAAGGGAACUGGUAUGCUGUUUGCAAUAAUCCAUAUAUGUGGGCUCACGAUGCAUGUCGUCGUGAAACUGGUCUCAUUAUCAGACCUCCUUACAUACAAUAUAUUCAAAUAGAUCCUUUACUCAAAGUGAACUACCUGAAUACAGCUCCUGGUGGUUUGAUACAAAAUAGUACAACGUGCUUCAAUUCUUCUGCGGUAUAUAUCACCUGCCCAGAUUUGCUAUGCGGCACAAGGAUUAUAACAAACUCACAUAUGAUUAGAGAAAAUACCGAAAAUCAAUUAUUUGGCCGAAACAAAAGGUUCCUUAUGCCAAAUUACCCCUACCCGUUUUUAUUUUACGCUCCGUUAAGAAGCAAAAGGAAUGUAGUAACUACCUCUUCUGAAGACAGCAAAGAGUUAAGGAAAAGGAUGACUGAAGGUCGAGUAGUGGGAGGAAAACCCAGCCAACCAGCAGCAUGGCCGUGGGUAGUUGCACUUUAUAGAGAUGGACAAUUCCAUUGUGGCGGCGUGAUCAUCAAUCAAAAUUGGAUAAUGUCAGCUGCUCACUGUGUACAUAAAUAUUGGCUACAUUACUACGAAGUUCAGGUUGGAAUGCUGCGUCGCUUUUCAUUUUCUCCACAAGAACAGAACUAUCCAGUGACACAUGUAAUAGUAAACCAAAAUUAUGAUCAACAAGAUAUGAAGAACGAUUUAUGUUUAUUGAAAAUAAAACCAGGCAUUCAGUUCAGCCGUUGGGUUCGCCCUAUAUGUUUGCCGGGACCUGAAGUUGCCGGUCCAGAUUGGGCUUGGGGACCACCAGUGGGCACUAUUUGUACAGCUGUAGGCUGGGGAUCAACAAUUGAACACGGACCAGAUCCUGACCACUUACGGGAAGUAGAACUACCUGUUUGGGAACGUUGUAAUCAUCGAGAAGAUCAAGAUAGUAAACAAAUAUGUGCCGGUCUGUUUGAAGGCGGUAGAGAUACGUGUCAAGGAGACAGUGGUGGGCCGUUGCUUUGUCAAAAUCCUUCAAACGAACAUCAGUGGUAUGUAGCUGGUAUUGUUAGUCAUGGAGACGGUUGUGCCCGCAAAGGAGAACCCGGUGUUUAUACAAGAGUAAGUCUAUUAGUGCCUUGGAUCAGACACCACACUUCAUCAACAAAUUUGCCAAUCAUUCAGCCAAAGCAAGAAUGCCCUGGCUUUAGGUGCAAGUCUGGAAUUUCAAAAUGUCUUCCAAAGACUAGAAUAAAUGAUAAAAUAAUAGAUUGCCUGGACGGCGAAGAUGAGUUUAACUGUGAUAUAAAAGAGUCACGAAAUAUUGUAGAAGAAAUCUUAUCAAUUCCAUUCAGUAGAAAUGCUAACGUCUCCACAAACUUAACAACAAAUAAAUUAAUUAACAAUGAAAAUAAACAAAUGAAGUCAAAUAUUUCGACUACAACAGAAACAAUUAUCGCCAGUAUAAUUACGUCAAAUAUAACUACAAUAAAAAAUAUUAACAAAUUGGUUAUAGUCAACUCUACUCCCAAUCCAGAUAUUAGUGAUAAUGCAAAUAAUUUAUUAAAUGACACUACUUCUGAGCGAGAUUUUAUACAUAAUGCUCAAAAAACUACUACAGAAAAUAGCUUGGAUACAAUUUAUAGUUCAAAUGAACACAUAACAGACGAUCCUUUUGAAGUUGCCACUGAAUUGACGCCUAAUAAAGAAAUGUCUUCAAAUAUUCUCUCCGAAUCCAUUGUAUCGAUGGCUACAGAUAGUAGCAAUUUGCACUUUGUAACUGAAACCACAACAAAGAACUUAAUUAACAUUGAAUCAAAUGAAAAUUAUUUAACAACAGAAAAUUCUAUACUCCCUGUUGUUGACAAUAUUACUACUACUGUAAUUUUUGAAAGUACUACGAAUGUUGAUAACGACCACAAUCUUGUGUCAUCUACACCAAAAAGUAAUUUAACAAUUGUGACGCCUAUGACGACAAACCAAUCAUUGUUCGUUACUACUAAUCCUCUUAGUGAAGAUGUUGUGACAAAUGGUAUUACUGGUAAUCCCCAAAACUUAUCUUCGAACUUAGAAAAUCAGAACAGUAUUGUUCCUGAAAUUGAAAAUAAUUUAAUUUACCCUAUUGAAGCAACAAGAUACAAAACAAAACACAAAACGCCUUUACAUUUUAAAUGUCACAAAAUCUCACAAAUAAUUUCUUAUAAGAAUCGUUGCGACCACAAGGCUGACUGUGAAGAUGGCACUGAUGAAAUAGAUUGUACCUGUAUUGAUUACCUCGAAACUUUUGAAAGUCAGCUCAUUUGCGAUGGAAACUAUAACUGCGCUGACGGUCAAGACGAAAUUGAUUGUUUUGGUUGUGACGAUGGACAAUUUCUUUGCAAGAAAAGCCAGAUGUGUUUAUCAAGUAAAUAUGUCUGUGACGGCAAAUCGCAGUGCCCUCUAGGUGAAGAUGAACUAGAUUGCUUUGCGUUAACGAAUGGAAAAGAUAUAAGAUUUGAUAUUGACGGUAGACCGAAAGUUCGCUUCGAAGGAUUCGUCACAAAGAAACAAAAUAGCGAUUGGCAUGUAAUUUGCGAAGAAAAUAUGUCCAUUCAUGAUCAAGAAGAAGCGGCAAUACACAUGUGUCGCUAUUUGGGUUUCAGCAACGCUCUUUGGUAUAAGAUAAAAUAUAUCAAUGUGAAAGACAGUAACUUGGUUGAAAUUCCCGUGGAUAAUAAAAGAAGUAAGAGGAACAAAUCGAAUAGAGAACCCGUAAUGUUUACUUACGUAAAAAGUGAUGCGGACAAAAAACAAACAAGGAGCGUUAUAAUAUCAGAGCCGGAAGUACUGAAAGAGAAAUGUUUACCAAAUGUAACAAAAACGUGCAUGACUCUGUAUGUUCUAUGUGACCAAUCCCUAUACACGAACUUUGAUGUACCUCAAAAUCUCUUAUUUCGAGGAGCUGAGGAAAAUUUCGGCCAACAGUGGCCGUGGGUAGCAAAGCUCUACACAGAUGGAUAUUAUAAAUGUACAGGAGUUCUCAUUGAUAUGUCUUGGGUUAUGUUCAGCUAUCAAUGUUUGGAAUUAAACUUACAAACUCCGCGAUACAACACAGUCGUUUUAGGAUCCCAUAAAACACUUUUUUCAACAAAGGGUCUUUACGAGCAAGUGCGUAAAGUUGAUGCAAUUAAAAAUUUGUAUAGCAGCAAAGUGAUUCUUUUACAUCUACAAGAACCGGUAGAGUAUUCGACGAUGGUAAAACCGAUGAUUCCACCAUCUGCAAUCAACACUGUUCAAGGUACAUACGAAAGAUCAAUUUGUAUAGCAGUUGGCCAGGAUACAACUAAUAAUACUGUAAGCGUGUUAUUGAAAGAAUCAAAAGAAAACUGUGAUGGAGAACAUGUAUGUUUUGUGAGACAGUCUACGGUGGAUACAUGUUUGAACGAUUUUUCCGUAGAGAGGCCGUGGGCGGGGAUAAUUAGUUGCCACACAAAACAGGGUUGGUACCCUGCGGCAUCGUUUAUUGAACCACGGGGUGAAUGUAAUAUAGGCAAUCGUAUUAUUGCUACUGAAAUUGGAAAUUUGAAACACCAAAUAAAAUAUUAUGAUGAAAGACCACUAGUCGAUUUAAACGAACAAGAUAUACAUGCAGACUGUGAAGGUGUUCGUUGUGAAAGAGGAACCUGUGUAAAGAUGCGCCAUGUUUGUGACGGGGUAAGACAUUGUGAAGAUGGAAUCGACGAGGCUCCCGAAUCUUGUAAAAGAAAAUAUAAUAUGUGUUCAAAGGAUCCCUUGCUAAGGGGAUGUGAAUGCCCUGUAGGCCACUUAAAGUGCCGCAAUGGUCAAUGUAUAUCAAAAGAGCUCUUCAAAGAUGGUCACCUCGACUGCGCAGAUGGAAGUGAUGAGCCAGGACAAACAACUUGUUCCGAUUACCUUAGCAGAGUAAACCCUUCCAGGCUUUGUGAUGGUGUAUUACAUUGCCAUGACCGGAGUGAUGAAGAUCCUAUGUUUUGUAAAUGCUUUGCGAAGCACGGUUACAGAUGUGGACGUGAUCCAACCAGUGAAGAUUACUGCGUUGCCACAGAUAUGGUGUGUGAUGGUAUCCCAGAUUGUCCCAACGGAGAAGACGAACGUACCUGUAUUGCUUUAAGUGCACCACAUGGAACAGCACCCGGUAUCGGCGAAGUAAUCAUUCGCUCCCACGGCGUAUGGUACUCUAAAUGUUAUCCAAGUGAAAGUCAUAUUAAAUCGGAGCUUGAACAAAUAUGCAGAGAGUUAGGGUUCAUCAGCGGACACGCGAAGCAAUUGCCAACACCGGAAAAAUCACACCCACACAAUCACCUUACCCUGGACCCGUUUUCCGAUAUAAUGCUUAACAAUAACACCAAAAUAAGGUUAAGGAAUUCUCCAGAGCCUAUUGGUCGUGGUACCAUGGAGGCAUUACCUAAUUGCUAUCCGUUGUUUAUAGAAUGUUUGUAG